AUGAGCGGGAGAAUCCUCUCCCAUAGACUCGCCCCGCUGAUGCGGAACGGGGUGGCCCGCAACUUCCAUCAUGCUGGCUCCAGGACAGGAGGCUUGUUGCGCGCCGAUGGAGGUGCCGCUUUGAGGGGACGCGCAUGGCCGAUCGGUGCAAGUGCUAUUCAUAAUGUCCCGGCUGUACGGGAGUUCUCCUUCAAGUAUGGCCGCUUUCUCCCGAAGCUGGCUCUCAAAUUUGCUCGCAUACCAGCUAUGUUCGGAGGUGCUACGGUCGCCGGUCUAGCUUACGUCCAGUAUCAAGCCACCCAGGCUGGAAACUAUGCGAUCGAUUUGUUCAAGACCGCCGGAGAGACAGCAGGCAACACCGCAUCGGGCCUAUUUCAGGGUCUUCAGGAUAUCGCGGAUCAAACACAACGGGGAUGGAACAAGACAACAGGAGAUAUCGAAACCCCUGAGUGGCUCCAGAAGAUUCUCCGACAAGACGAGGAGUCCCAAUCUGGCGGCUCGGGUGGUGGUAAAGAGCCAAAGGAGGGCCGAGCUGUAGUCGGAGCAGCGGCUGCUUCUGGCGCGGCGUUUGGUUACGAUCAAUCAGACGACGACUCCCGACCUGAGCAGCAGGUUGCCGAAGAUGACCAGAUGAUGCUUCUUACCCGCAAAAUGAUUGAGAUUCGAAACAUCCUCCAAUCCGUCGGCCAGUCAGGAACCUUGACCCUCCCCUCCAUCGUCGUUAUCGGAUCGCAAUCCUCUGGUAAAAGCUCGGUCCUGGAAGCUAUUGUGGGUCAUGAGUUUCUACCCAAGGGCUCCAAUAUGGUCACUCGGCGACCUAUCGAGCUGACUCUGGUCAACACCCCCAAUGCACAAGCAGAGUAUGGUGAAUUUCCGGCUUUGGGACUUGGCAAAAUCACCGACUUCUCCUCGAUCCAACGGACCCUGACAGACCUCAACCUCGCGGUUCCAGAAAAGGACUGUGUCUCGGAUGAUCCCAUUCAGUUGACAAUCUAUUCGCCCAAUGUUCCAGACCUUUCCAUGAUUGACCUUCCUGGUUACAUCCAGGUUGCUGGACACGACCAACCCCCAGAGCUGAAGCAGAAGAUCGCAGACCUUUGUGACAAAUAUAUUCAAGCACCCAACGUCAUUCUGGCUAUUUCAGCAGCUGAUGUCGAUCUUGCGAACUCAACAGCGCUGAGAUCUAGUCGUCGCGUGGACCCUCGCGGAGAACGUACAAUUGGUGUUAUUACCAAGAUGGAUCUCGUCGACCCUGAACGAGGCCAUGAUGUUCUAUGCGACAAGAAGUACCCCCUUCGACUGGGCUAUGUGGGCGUCAUUAGCCGGAAUCCCCAAACAUCAGCUCUCUUCUCUCGCGGAUCUGGAAACAUUACAAGCGCUAUCUUGAAGAACGAAAAUUCUUUCUUCUCUGCGCACCCAGCCGAAUUCGGUGCUCACUCAGAGACCUCGGUCGGUGUAUCAACACUGCGUAAGAAGCUGAUGCAUGUCCUUGAACAGACGAUGGCGUCCAGCUUGGCGGGCACAAGAGAUGCCAUCAGCCAGGAGCUUGAAGAGGCAACAUAUGAAUUCAAAGUGCAAUACAAUGACCGACCAUUGAGUGCGGAAUCAUACCUCGCCGAGAGCCUGGACGGCUUCAAGCAUUCGUUUAAAGCAUUUGCCGAGAGCUUCGGUCGACCACAGGUUCGGGAGAUGUUGAAGGCCGAACUCGACCAACGCGUUAUGGAUAUCUUGGCGCAGCGCUACUGGAACAAGCCAGUAGAGGACUUGGAGGCCGUAAUGACAGAGCUCGAUCCAUUGAAGGAUUUACCCAAGGCCGAUCCAGAGUCCUUGUUCUGGCACCGCAAGCUGGACGCAUCUAGCUCUUCUUUGACAAAGCUCGGAAUCGGUCGACUUGCCACCACAGUCGUCGCCAAUGCCCUCCAAACCCAUGUUGAUCAGCUUCUGGCGUCUUCUACCUUUGCCUCUCACCCCGGGGCACACAAGCAGAUUACCGACGCCUGCAACAGUAUCCUGAAUGAUCGAUUCUUCGGUACUAGUGACCAGGUUGAGAACUGCAUCAAGCCUUAUAAAUUCGAAAUUGAGGUUGAGGACUCGGAAUGGACCAAGGGGAGGGAAAACGUGAGCAGGGUGCUGAAGAAUGAGCUCCGGGCUUGCGAAUCAGCUAUGAAGCAUGCCGAAGAUCUUGUUGGAAAGAGAAAGCUCAAGGACGUAAUGGCAUUUAUCGACAAAGUGCGGAAGGGUGAUGUGUUGCUGGAGGGCAAUGGCGCCGGUGGUGCCGGUGGCUUCAGUUCCGCCCUGCUCGAGAGAGGCCGAGAUGGCAUCUUCCUCCGGGAUCGAGCUGACAUCAUCAAAAUGCGAAUAAUGGCUGUGCGAUCCAAGCAGUGCGCAUCCAAAAAGAACAAAUACCACUGCCCAGAAGUCUUCCUCGAUGUGGUAGCGGAUAAGCUCACGUCUACAGCAGUGCUGUUCCUCAACGUUGAGCUUCUUUCUGAGUUCUACUACAACUUCCCCCGAGAACUGGACCUGCGUCUCGGUAGACACCUCUCGGACGAAGAAGUUGAACGUUUUGCCCGCGAAGACCCUCGGGUCCGCCGUCACUUGGACAUCAUCCGCAAAAAGGAACUGCUAGAACUGGCGCUUCAAAAGAUCGAGGGUAUCCGACAGUUGGACGGUCGAAGCAUGCACCGGAAUUCCGACCGUGCACAGGCCGCGAAAGAAACUCGCAGCCGCUGGAAUAUCUUCUAA